CUUCCAGAGUUUAUUCCUUUCCUGUAUUUACUGAUAGUUUUUGUCAAUUGUUUAUUGAAGAGUUAGAUAACUUUGAACAAACUGAUAUUACUAAAGGACGUCCAAACACAAUGAAUAAAACUGGAAUACUUCUCUCAGAGUUAGGUUUUGAUAAAGGUUUUAUCAUAGAUACUUCUCUAAGAGAGAACUAUUUACAACCAAUAUGUCAUAUAUUAUAUCCUGAACAUGUUGGUAGGAGUGGUUUAGAUUCUCAACGUGCAUUCAUUGUGACUUACUCUGCUGAGAGUAGUGAUGGUGAUAUUGGUCUAUCAUAUCACUAUGACAAUGCUGAAGUUACAUUGAAUGUGUCAUUGGGAAAGGAAUACAAUGAUGGAGAACUUUACUUUGGAGAUAUGAAAGGAGUCACUGUACAUAAUUUUACACCACACUUGUAUCAUCACGAGAUAGGGAGAGGUGUUCUUCACAGAGGACAACACAUGCAUGGUGCUCUUGAUAUUAGCAAGGGAGAGAGAUAUAAUCUUAUUAUUUGGAUGAGAUCAUCUUCAGUUAGAAAUAAUUGUUGUCCAAGAUGUGGAGAGACACCAAAACUAGUCUCUUUUGAAGGAUAUGGUGAUGGAUUUGUAUUACCAUAG